ACCCAUACCGGAAGUAAACGCAUAAUAAUUGAGUAAACGUUGAUGAAUUGGUUGUGUUUGUGCACGUUAUUCGGACGGCUGUUCAUUUAAUACGUUUCUCGCAAACAUAGCAUAGACUAAGAAUGUAAGGUUUCAUUUGGCAACAUCUACAUGUGUUUUAUGGUAAAGAACAUAAACAUAUACUUACAGUCUCAACCGUUUUGGUAACAACUUCGUCGUAAUUAGGCCUAGCCUAGUUGCAUAGGUAGGCCUACUCUUAACUACCAGCGACUACAAUAACGGAAGCAAGUCACCCAACAAUGUUUUCAAGCCGACAGGGGCCCGUGCCUGGCCCGGAAACAGGCAUGGUCUAUCAUUUGGCUUUCUCAAACAAUGAGUAGGCAGAGUGCGUCUGUACCAUUGACACCCAAUCCUUUACAUCCAAAAAACAAACAUUUUGAGAAAUGCACAGAGACAGUAGAAUUUUCCAAAUCUAGGCAUUCAACGAAUUGGCUACAACCGGAAAUUGAUGUGCGCAAUCAGUCGCAGUUUGAGCCUGUGAACAAUCAGAAUCAUAGAAAAACUGAAACAAAUGGAAUACACGUUAAAAGUACUCAUUCUGCACUUAAAGGUGUGAGACCAAAUUUUAUUUUAAAUGCAAAUAUUCAGAGGACCAAUGCAAUAAAACGGACAUCUGGUGGAGGUUUCACUCCGAGUUCUCAUCGUAAAACCGAGUCGCUGCUGCAAGUUCCACGGUAUGAACGUCGUUUGCCAACUAAGAGAACAGGACUUGAAUUACAAACAAGAUAUAUAGGACAGGAUCCCAGAAGGCAUGAGACACGAUCUGUCAUUGAAAAACAAAGCCCAAGAAUAAAUAAAGAUUUGCUGCAUCCUCAUUGGUCAGUAGCUGGUUUGCCCAGUGAAACAUAUAGAGCUAUGGAGCCAAAUCAACAUCCUGUUAAGAGCCGACCUGAAGCACGCAAUGUUCUCACACAAGUUUUGAAAAAGCGGGCUGCAGUUGAGCCGCCAAAUAGGGAACAGCAUAGUAGCACAAAUGUACAAAUGCGUUAUAAUAAUGGUGUUGAGACUGCAAGUUCAUCUGAAGAUGAUAAACGGAACUCGGUAUUUGACCGUGUGAAAGCAUUUGAGAAUAUCGAGAAAUGCCCCAAUACGAAUUCAAACCGUGCUGUAAAAAAUGAGCACAAUGAACCAGAGGAUGUCGCGCAUGUGAGUUUGAACCCGCGGGUCAUAAAUAGUGAACCGCAAAAAUUAAACUUGCAUCAUACUUAUGAAAACCAAGACUGUAAAGAAAAAGAAGGAACAAGUCCGCAGAUUGCGCCUAAACCUUCAAUAAAACCUAAGAACAUUCAUGUUCAGAAUGUUUUUCAACAGAAGAAAAAAAAUAUGUCAUCACCUAAAGUUCAUACUUAUGAAGAUGUUGCUGAAGACGAAAAUGAUCUUGAGGAUGACUCAAGGUUUGCAGGAGGUGGAUCGCAUGAGAAACCACAUUUUUCAAUACCAGUACAACCUGUUAAGUUACGUGAAGGUGCCAAUAAGGCUGGUAGAAGAGGACACCGUGAAAGGUCCAUUGUAAUUUUAGGACCAACCUGGAAAAAAGAUAAAGUUGGUAAGGAUGGUGAUAGACCAGAAAGCAGCUGUGAAUCACCUGAGUAUGAAGAUGUUUAUGAAGGUGAUGAUACAGAACCUGAUGUAAAUAAACCAAGUAAUAUUGUACAGAAACCAAAGCAAAAAGAUAAGAAAGCCAAAAAUUUUAUUGUGUAUGAGGAUGUAUUUGUAGGGAAAACAGUAAGUGAUAAGGUUAUAAUUGCACCCUCUGCAUCUCCUUCCGCUGGUUCAAAACCUUUGCCACCCCCUAAGCCCAAGAUUUUAAAGAACCCUCCAUACUUUGUUCUGGAAAGAACAAGUGCAGACAAUGAAUCUCCGCAUUCUCCCGAUCUUCGGACUCAAUCAAACGGUGACAUGCGGCAGUCUUUAUUCCAGUUUCAAUCGUACAAGACACCGUACGUUUUAGCGGACACCAGUGGCAUGAUUGAUUUGCCGUUGUCGCCGACAGGGAGACAUGCAAAGAAUAAUCUGUAUGAUAAACCAUUACUUUUAUCUCAGCGUUCUGCAAGUGCAGAGGAUAUAUUUCAACAGAAAGCCACUAUUGAAGAUGGGAGUGGUUAUUCCAUACCAGGGAGUCACUUAUGGAGAGCACAUUCGUUUACAGAACAGGGAGACGAGAAAAGUUCUAGUCCUGAAAAGACUGUUAGGUUUGUUCCACUGAAAGAUGAGGAAUCGACCUCUACUGGAAAGACGAAAGAAAAAAAAGGGCGUUUACAGACUACGGAACUCAUCAAGUUCAAUACUCUGCAGCAUGCUGGUCGUAACUCAAACAUUCAAAGAAGGAUAAAUAAUGCAUUCCGACGGAAGGAGAACUCGAAACACACCAGAGAAAGUACAGUGAGUGAAGACCGGUCGUCUGUGGCAUCAGAAGACAGCGAUGGGGAUAUAAACGAAGUAGAACACAAAAAGAGGCUUACAGAAAUAAGACGUAGACGUAGUCGUUCACAGUAUUGUAGCGUAGACCGUAUCCGCCACUAUGCGCGCUACGAGAAACUCUUUGAGUACGUGGUGGUGGUCUCAUUGCGGAAUAACUCUGAGAAGCGACGGUUUGAACCAUACGAGGUCAGACGCUUUCCACAAGAGGUUGAAGGCAUGGAUAAGUUAAUAGCAAUUCCACACUUCUGUUUCCCAGAUGCCUUCAAAUGGGCCCCCGUUGAGCAAUAUCGUAGUGAGACUUUUUCCUUUGUACUCACCAGUGAAGAUGGAUCCCGACUUUAUGGUUAUUGCAGAAGGCUUUUGCCUCCUGGAGACGGCCCAAGGUUGCCAGAGGUUUACUGCAUUAUCAGUCCAAUUGGGUGUUUUCCACUUUAUGAAAAGCUUCUGGAUCUGAUGGAAGACAGAAGGAAAAUUACUCCAGUGCAUGUGGAUGUUCUACUCAAAGCAGCAAUUGCCAGGAAGUUCCCAUCACCGGGUACCGCAGUGGAGCUUAGGGUACCUACUUACACAGGAACAGAAGAACACAGUCUGAGACGUCCUCUAGACUCCAGGCUAGAACAGGUGGAUUUUGAAUUCCUGCGAUCAAACCUUGACCACCACAUGUUCAUUCAGAUGUUCGCUUCUCUUCUGAUGGAACGUCGCAUCAUAAUGUGUUCUGGUGACUUAGAGAUUCUUUCGCAGUGCUCCCAGGCUGCUGCUGCCUUGCUUUAUCCAUUCUCCUGGCAACACGUCUACAUCCCAAUUCUACCGGAGAAGCUGAUUGACAUGGUGUGUUCUCCGACUCCGUACAUUAUUGGAAUGCUUUCCAUCGGCAUUCCGAAACUGGACGAUCUUCCUUUAGAUGAGGUUCUAGUGAUAGAUCUUGAUUCAAGGGACUUUCACUAUGUCAUCGGUGAUGAAUGGAGUAUAAUUCCAAAGAAACUGUAUAAUGCUUUGCUCCGCGCAUUAACAAUAGUUAGCCAGUCUGCAAGUAGUCAUGACAGUCCGGAAGCAUUGGAUCCUUACGAUGAUGCUGAGACAGUGAACGCGGCCAUAUCUGAAGUAUUCAUCCGAUUCUUUGUGGAAACGUGCGGACAUUAUCUAAACUACAUGCUGCCGAAACCUGAUGGCACAUACAAAUUUGAUCGGGAUGGAUUUCUGAAGGCCAUGCCGUCAAAGAGUAUUCGCAAGUUCUUGGAGGUGUUCACGGAAUCUCAAAUGUUUUCGCUCUUUAUUCAAGAGAAGGAGAUGUGUGAUGAAGGACUUCCACAAGGUCUUUUUGAAAAGAAGAUACGGGAAUAUGAAGCGGAAACAAAGAACCAUGCAAGAUUUGGAAAUAAGGUUAAGAACAUUGGAAAGUUCAUCAAAGAUUCAGGGCAGCGUUGGAAUGGUAUGAAAAUCCGAAUAGCUGCCAAUUUCGAUGAUAGGGUGUAGGAGGUAGAUUCUUUGAUACACAUGGAAAAUGUCUUGAGGCGAAUUAUGCAAUGCAAGACAACCACUGCAAAUCCUCCUUAUUCAUAAUGUUAAAGUGAUUGAAAAAAUAUUGAUAAAUGAUUAUUAUAAUAAUGAUGAUGAUAGUAAUGACAACUAUGAGGAUGAUAAUGCUAACAAUGAUAAUGAUAAUGUUGUCAUCGAUGAUGUGGAUGACAAUAAUGAAGGUGAUGUUUAUGUUGUUUGACGAUGAUGAUUAUAAGAAUGAGAGUUAAUGAUACAAAAUAUGAGAUUUAAUUUAAAAGGGGAAUUUAAGGGGGGAAAAAAGAAUUGUGUUGUACCAUAUACAGUAUAUACUUCAACUAUCAAACUAAAUUAAAUUUUAUAUCUAAAACUAACAAUGCAAUUUUUCACCAAUUAUGUAUUUUUUCAGAUAAUAUAUUUACGGUACAAACAAUCUUUAUCUGCUUCAUAUUAAUUAUUGUAUUAUACAUCACCCUACAGUAUGUAUGUUGCAUGGAAAAUGGUUCUAAAAUGUGGUUCUUAAAUGCCAAAAAAAAUCAUUAAAUAACAAUUUUUAGUUACCUUGCUCAUUUUACGGUAAACUAACUGGAGCAUAGAAUUAAUUUAAUUUAAAAAAAUGUGAACUGGAUAAUGAUAAAAAUACUAAAGUGACUGGAAGUGUUUCUAUCAUAUUUUAGCUGUAAAAUUAUGGGUAAACAUUUUUUUAAAUGCACAAAUUUCUAUGUUGGAAAUAUUUUAUAUUGAAUAGUUAAUAAUGUUUAUGUUACUUUAAAAUGAGCAAGUUAAAAAUGAAUUUUUAUGGUAUUUUUAUUUUCUAAUUUUUCAUGUACAAUGUUCACAAUUUUCCAUCUCACUCUUUUAUAUAAUGUUAAUAAAUGGUACCUGUACUAAUAAUGAAAAUGAAAAUGAUAAUAAUAGUGCCUUUAGAGGGAAGCAAUGCAGAUAAAAUGCAAAAAUGCACAGCAAGGGAUUGGAACUCAGACCCCAAGGUUUGGAAACCAAUUUGUUAUCAUGAGCUAAGCCACUACAUGUCGUAAGAAAUACGAUAGGAGCACCUUGUUUGACCUAACAAAUUUAUUUGAAACGUGCAUUUUAAAGCUCAUGAUAGCUUAAGCUAAAUUUACACUAGAUAUGAUAAUGACAAAACAAAGACACGAUAAAAAUGCACUCAGUGUUGAAGAAUAUAAACGAUGAUAUGUUGUUGUUGUGUUGUUAUCGUGUCUAGUGUAAAUGUAGUUUUAGAUGGGAGUUUUUUUAUACCAUGUUGCACAAACUUAUUUUUUUUUGGAAAUCAUCAUUAUUGGCGGGCGGCAGGUUUCGCUAAACAAGGUAUUAAAAAAGUCUCGAUUUAUUCUGGUGAAUGUUAUGUUCUGAAGAUACACUCAAAUAAUUUAAAUGUAACAUUAAAAGUGUCCUCAUUUUUGCGGGUCUGAAGGCCUAGCAAACCAAUUCUGAAUCAGUGUGUAAGGAUAGGGGUGCUGUCAUUUAGUGCUCUGGAAACACUGCAGCGGUCCACAUUUUGGUUCAGAUCCAAUGUGAAUGCAUCUUAAAUAUGUGUACAGUAUUGUGGAAAUUGGUGCUAUAUGGAGGUAUUUGAUCAAUCUACAGUCACUAUAAGCUCAAAGAAAUGUCAAGUUCAACCCAUUGCUUCUUUUCCUUUAUAUUCCUCCACUUGUCCUUAUACUUCUAUAUCCAUGUAUGUGUCCACUUGUUUUUCCCCCAAAUCCAUAUUUUUAAAGCUUCCAGUCAGCUCACAUUCAACUAAAAUAAUAAAAAUUGUAAAGUAAUGUUUGUGGGGGAGUAUACUAGCCGUGCACAGUGGCGUAUCUAGCAAGACGAGUUUUGAAAUGGAGGUGGUGGGGGGGGUGUGUGGGCUGAUUAGGGGAACAAAGGUGAAGUGGUGUGGCUCGAUUAAGUGAGGGGCAUUAGCUCGCAAAAUAAGGUGAUAUGUUGAGAUUUUAACUACCUGAGUGAUUUUUUUGCUUCAAACAUUUUCAUCGGGGGAGGAGGAGGGGGGAAACCUGGUGAACAAGCUUUGUUUUGGGGGUGCAUGAUCCCUUGCACCCCCUCUUAUGCCACUGGCAUGCACUGACCAUUUUACUGUCCUACCAAGAACCUAAUAAACUCAUUGGAUGGAGAGAAGCAAUGCAGGUAUAGUGUUGAGGCCAAACAACUGUGGCCAGCAGUCGACUUAAAGCUGAAAAAAUGUUGCUUUAUAGCAAGUAGAAUACAUGUCCUGUUUGAAGAUAAAAAUAAUGGAAGGAAAGAUUUGUUUUUUUUUUAAAUUAUUUAAUAAGAAGUCACACCAGCUUGUCAUUUAUUAUUCAUAUUCAUUAAAAAAAAUGUUUUUCUAAUAUGUAACUGAAAUUUUUAUUAAUCAAAUAUUUGUUUAUAUUUCAGAAGUUUUAAUACAUUUUGUUUUGAAAAAAUCUGAAUGAACUUUAAAAUACCGAGAUAACAUAAGAUUGAUAAAGUAUUACUUUGGUUUUUUUUGUAAUGUUUAUUACUUUUUAUAACUCAGUGGGGUAUGAGUAGUUGCAUGUUUUGCAAAAUCGAUAUGAAUUGCAUGAUUGAAAAAAAGUAA